UUGAUUUAGGCUGCUUCACCUAUUUGCUCAAAUAAAUCCUCGUAUCUGAAGACUAUUCCUGUUUCAUAACCGUUCGCAUUGUAAGAGGAAACGUACAUUUUAGGGUCGAUGGUUAAGUAUCGGUUGUGAAAUACUUGAAAUACUUCCCGGCCUCCUAAAAAGUCGCUCUAACUACAAAUGUAGCAUUUCCGUAUUUUGAUUUGAAAGUCAUACGUCACCGGGUGGACAAAACUCCCACAAUGCAUUGUCAUUUUGAUCUGAAAUAAACCGAGUAACAUUCGCUACAGAUCUGGGAGUAAACAACUUGAAAAGCAACGCUUAGAUUAUUAAUCUGACAUUUCCUUGAAUCGUUGGUCCUGCUCGGCGUUCCUGAGGUGAUCUCCAGGGACUGGCUUUUUUGUAUGUGUCCAACCUGCCGGCCAGGGGCUGUCAGAUCAGGACUUGAGGGCAAGAUGGAUUCAGAAUAUGAACAUCGCCUCCUACGACAAAUCAACAUUCAAAAUGACAACCUCAGCCCUGUUAAACAGACACUGAGUCAAACACCCACCGGCUCCCCGUUCUCAUCACCCAGUAAGCUUGGAGACAGAUUCAUUCCAACCAGAGCGGGGGCAAACUGGAGUAUUAACUUCCACAGAAUCAAUGAAAAUGAAAAGUCGCCAUGUCAGAACAGAAAAACCAAGGAUGCCUCCCCUGAUAACCUUAAAGACGGGCAGGCCUACUCUGCUCUACUCAAGAAUGAGCUGCUAGGAGCAGGAAUAGAAAAGAUCCUGGACCCUCAGACGGAGGACAGGCGUCUGCAGCCAUCAACCCCAGAAAAGAGAAGUCUCUUCACCUAUUCGCUUAAUACCAAGAGGUCGUCACCAGAAGAUGGCACCAACAUCUCCCCCUACUCUCUAUCGCCUGUCAGCAACAAAAGUCAGAAAUUGCUACGUUCACCGAGAAAGCCAACUCGCAAAAUCUCAAAGAUCCCUUUUAAGGUCCUGGAUGCUCCCGAGCUGCAAGAUGACUUUUACCUCAAUCUGGUGGACUGGUCGUCUCUCAAUGUGCUCAGUGUCGGGCUGGGUACAUGCGUUUACCUGUGGAGUGCCUGUACUAGCCAGGUAACAAGAUUGUGUGAUUUAUCUGUGGAGGGAGACUCAGUCACUUCAGUCGGGUGGUCCGAAAGGGGUAACCUGGUGGCAGUGGGGACUCACAAAGGCUAUGUUCAGAUCUGGGAUGCCGGAGCUGGGAAGAAACUCUUUGCCCUGGAAGGACACACAGCUAGAGUUGGAGCGUUGGCAUGGAAUGCCGACCAGCUGUCUUCAGGUAGCCGCGAUCGUAUGAUUCUUCAAAGAGAUGUGCGGACGCCUUCUCUCCAGUCAGAGAGACGGUUGCAGGGACACAGACAGGAAGUGUGUGGCUUAAAGUGGAGCACCGACCAUCAGCUGCUCGCUUCUGGGGGUAACGACAACAAGCUGCUUGUUUGGAACCACUCCUCGCUGAGUCCAGUGCAAACGUACAUGGAUCACCUGGCUGCAGUAAAAGCCAUUGCCUGGUCCCCACACCAGCAUGGCCUGCUGGCCUCUGGGGGCGGCACUGCUGACCGCUGCAUCCGAUUUUGGAACACCCUGACCUCACAGCCGCUGCAGUGUAUGGACACCGGCUCUCAGGUCUGCAACCUGGCUUGGUCCAAACAUGCUAAUGAGCUAGUGAGCACACAUGGCUACUCUCAGAACCAGAUCUUGGUGUGGAAAUAUCCAGCUCUCACUCAGGUUGCCAAACUCACGGGACACUCGUACAGAGUGCUUUACCUGGCAAUGUCCCCGGAUGGUGAGGCCAUUGUGACGGGAGCUGGAGAUGAGACUCUACGCUUCUGGAACGUUUUCAGUAAAACAAGGUCAACUAAGGAAUCAGUAUCGGUUUUAAAUCUCUUUACUAGGAUACGGUAACUGAGAGCAAGUUAAAACUCUUAAACAAGCACCUUGUGACAUUUUUUAACAGACGAAAUGUCAGCGAGAGCAACUAAUGAUAAUGCAUUUUAUUUAUAUAGCGCUUUUCAACAUAUAGAAAAUGUAUUAUUAUUAUUAGUUGCUCUCGCUGACAUUUCGUCUGUGAAAAAAUGUAACUGAGCACUUUGUCUUCAUGCCAGCAACUGUUUGGGCGACUUUUUUUUUACUUUUUGGCUCUCAUUAUGAAUGUAGUCAUUUUUAUAAAAAAAGUGGGUUGAGUACAAUUUUUCUUUUGUAUGAAAAUAUUACUUACUUUGUAAAAUAUUGUGUUGUGGAAUCUGAAAUGGGCAUAGAGCUGUUUUAGUUCUUGUUAAACUCAGGUCUUAUUUAUUUUACACAACAGUGAAAGCCAACGCAAUUAGCUAUGACGGGAAAGAAAUGCCAUUACAUAUUGUGGCACACAUACAACAUAAAACCCUUUAAAUAAUCACCCACUAUGGCCUUCAUAAUAUCUGCACCAUGUUCACUGUGAUCCUUGUAAUCCGAUGGUUAAGAUCAUUUGGAUGAUACAACGCAGUUUUGCUCCUGUGGAUAGUCCUAUGCUGCGCAGAUAUGUACUAAGUACAUGAACAAAUAAAAGAUCAUGCAACUGCA